AGCGAAAACUUCCAUUUAUAAAAAUCUCAACGAGUUAAACGUUGCCGAUUCAACAGUUUCCUUCUCGGUGUCUGCUUCAGCUGCUGCUGCCUGCAACACAUCUGAACGCAUAGUCUCUGCUCACAGAUUGCAAGAUCCACAGAUUUCUAUCAGAUGUCCGGUGAGUUGGAGAAUCCUAAAGCUGGUGGAGAGGAACAGAGAGGUACUGGAGCCUCCUCUUCUGCUGAUGAAAUCAAGGAAACCUGGUAUAGUGGCUUACUCAAGCUAACGUCCAUUUAUGGCGUAGCUGCUGGAUAUUGCAUCUCAGCAUCCCUGCUCUCCAUUAUCAACAAGUGGGCAGUCAUGAAAUUCCCUUACCCUGGAGCACUAACGGCAUUACAGUAUUUCACUAGCGCCGCAGGUGUACUUGUUUGUGGGUGGUUCAGGGUUGUAGAGCAUGACUCGCUUGACCUGUUGACAAUGUGGCGGUUCCUACCUGCGGCUGUUAUGUUCUAUCUGUCACUCUUUACCAACAGUGAGCUCUUACUCCAUGCUAAUGUGGAUACAUUCAUUGUCUUCCGCUCGUUAGUCCCCAUCUUUGUUGCAAUAGGAGAGACCUUGUUCCUACACCAGCCAUGGCCAUCAUUGAAGACAUGGUUGUCACUUGCCACCAUCUUUGGUGGAAGUGUGCUAUAUGUGUUAACAGAUUACAAGUUCACGGUCAUGGCUUAUAGUUGGGCUGUAGCUUACUUGGUAAGCAUGACUAUAGAUUUUGUCUAUAUCAAGCAUGUUGUCAUGACCAUUGGUUUAAAUACAUGGGGUCUCGUGUUGUACAACAAUCUCGAGGCCCUCCUACUCUUUCCCCUGGAAUUGCUCAUAAUGGGGGAGCUUAAGAAAAUAAAGCAUGAAAUUUCAGAUGAGUCGGAUUGGCACUCUUUUGGGGUGGUUUUGCCAGUUGGUUUAUCUUGUUUGUUUGGUUUAGCCAUCUCUUUCUUUGGGUUUUCUUGCCGGAGAGCAAUCUCCGCUACAGGGUAUACUGUUCUUGGUGUGGUGAACAAGUUGUUGACGGUUGUAAUCAAUCUGGUUGUUUGGGACAAGCAUUCAACAUUCAUUGGGACAGUGGGUCUUCUUAUUUGUAUGCUAGGUGGCAUUAUGUAUCAACAGUCCACAAGCAAGCCCAAGGCUGUGCCUGAAGUAAAAGCAGAGCAAACUGAUGAAGAACAACAAAAGCUACUAGAAAUGCAAAGCAACAAUAAUGAGAAGGAAGUUACUUAGUCACAUCAGGGUAAAUGAGAUAGAUGUUUUGUUGUUAUCCGAAUAGUAACAACAUAGAAAGCACCCUAUCUGUAGAAUUUAACCUGGAAAAACAGAUUGGGUGGUAUGCUUCAUUCUUGUUAGAAUACCUCCAGUUAUCCAAAUAGUCACAGCAGUAGUGUUCUGAAAGUCCAGAUUCCUGCCACCGCCUGAAAUUCAUCCGAUGAAGUAUGCACAGUUAUAUUGAUUGGUGAGCAUGAAUAUCUUUUUUACUCCAUUCUUUUGCAAAUGUUAGUACUUUUGUCAAAGCUGCCGGGCCCUGGCAUCUGCCUCCACCAGCAUUACGAUUGCCUGAAGGCGUCAUUACCUGUAUUUCUUGUCUUGUAUUUAAUAAUAACCUCACUUCAAGCCCCC